AUGAAAUGCAACUGCGAUACAACUCAAUGUUCCUGGCCUGUUGAUCUGCGUGACGUUGGACCUGCCAUUCAACCAGGUUUUGCGUUGAGAGAAGUGAUUGUUUCCCGGCAUCACAUGAAAGCUUGUCCACGGCCCGCGGCAUUUGUUCUGUUAUAG